AAUCAAAACAGUUAUUGUUGACAGCUCGGCACUUGUCUCCCAAAAGGCUGAUAAAAUGCGAUGGGAACUGUUACAGCCAAUGUCAGAAAUAAACUGCACUAUUUAAACAACGUCUUUAGAAACAAAGGCAACUUUCUAUGCGACUGUCAAGGAAUGCUCAUCCGAGGAAAAGGUACUUUUGGCUAGCUUUAUCAGUGUACAUGUAUAGCUAGUUAGCUUCAACGGCCAACGAAAGUUGCUCCCUGGUUAUCUAUGGGCUGAACAUUACCAUAUAUAGCCCGGCCACAGAGCUCCCUCGCCGGUGAAAUGUAAACAGUGGCUCCCCGAGGAGGCUGAAACAAGGGGCAAAAACUAAACUCAGCCUUGAAGAUUACAAAAACUUCACCAUGUCAUCUGAGCAGAUUAUUGCCAUCGUCAUGGAUGAUAAAAUCUACGAGGUGAAUAAAAAGAAGCUGAUUGAGAAAAGCGACUACUUCCGUGCGCUGUACAGCUCCGGGAUGAGGGAGUCCACGGAGGACUCGGUGCAGCUGCAGGGGCUCAGUGUGCCCGGCCUGGAGCUCGUCCUGGAGUUCAUCAACACCUCCAAGGUCCAGGUUGUCAACGAGACUCUGGAGGACCUGAUUGAGACCGCCUCCUUCUUACAGGUCACCUCGAUCCUCAAGCUCCUCACCUCGGAGAUCCGCCAGGACAACUGCGUGGAGCUGUACAGCCUCUCUGAAGUCUACGGGACUCAUGAUCUGCGCAAUGCUUGCCUCAAAUACAUGAGCUGCUACUAUCAUCCCAUGCUGAGGCGACCAGAGUUCAGCAGCCUCCCCUCUGCUGUCAGAGAGCUGGUCAAAGAGAUGCGCAUGAGAGGCACUGCCACCCUGGUAGCCAUAGGAGACUUCACCUGCCUCUCCUUGGACGUGCCGGAUCAGGAUGAGCCCUGGUCCAUGCUGAGGUAUGGAGAGAUGGAGCAGCGCUGGAAACCCCUGGCAAACAACCUGCCUUCAGAUAUGAUAAACGUCAGAGGAUAUGGCUCAGCUGUGCUCGAUAACUACCUGUUCAUAGUGGGUGGAUACAGGGUGACGAGCCAGGAGAUCUCUGCGGUGCACUGCUACAACCCCUGCAGGAACGAGUGGAACCAGGUGGCUCCGCUCAACCAGAAGAGGUCCAACUUCAAGCUGCUGGCGGUCCAGGGGAAGAUUUACGCGGUCGGAGGCCAGAGUCUGGGCACGGUGGAGUGUUACAGCCCGGAGCACGACUGGUGGAUGUGUGUGUCCUCGAUGCCCGACCCGCUGGCUGAGUUCUCAGCGUGUGAGUGCCAGGGGAUGAUCUACAUCAUGGGAGGAUACACCGCAAGAGACAGGAACACAAGCGUCCUGCGUUACUGCCCCACCUCUGACACCUGGACGGUGUUUCGCUCGUGUUCGGCGCACAUCCGCAAGCAGCAGAUGCUUUCGGUGGAGGACACCAUCUUCCUGGUGGGCGGCUACACCCACGAGCUGGAGUUCGGCCAGCGGCGUCCCAGCCAGACGGAGGAUGUGCUGACGGUGCAGUCCUACAACGUCACCACGGGGGAGUGGAUCCAGCUGAAGGAGAACACGUCCAAGUCGGGCCUGAACCUGACGUGCACGCUGCACAACGACGGCGUCUACAUCAUGAGCCGCGACGUCAGCCUGCCCACCAGCCUGGAGCACCGCGUCUUCCUCAAGUACAACAUCUUCUCGGACGCCUGGGAGGCCUUCAGGCGCUUCCCGGCGCUGGGUCAGAACAUGCUGCUCUGUUCGCUCUACCUGCCCAACGUGCUGUGAUCCAAAGGGCUGAUGGGAAACGGAGAGGAGCCCAUGAGGCGUUAAUAUAGGCUUGUUCUCGCACAGAAUGGGGCUCUGCUGCAUUGGUGGGAACAGUGACCUUUGUGCCUCCAAAAAAGAAACGCACGUCAUACAUACUGUUGCUGAAGCUACAAUGAUAAGUAUGAACGUGAUGAAGCCCCCGUAGGUCAACCACAUCAUAACAGCAAGCCCCAGUUCAUUGCUCACAUGUAUUCAAAUGAAAGUCACAGUGGAAAUCCUCUGUUCUCUAAGGAAUAACUACCUGGACAGUUUGAAAACUCACUUACCUCUGCUCAUCAGGUUGUUGGCAAAGACUCUCUGAACCAUCUGGAUGGUUAAUGAUUCCCUCUGCUGCACAAUUUAAUAUCUCUCGUUUCCUAACGCAUCUUUAUUUUGAUUUGGAAACAGAUUUGCAAACUUUAAAAUGUUUUAAUGUGCAGGAGGAAUGUUACUGUCCAGAUGGUUAGAAGAGUCUUUUAUGGUCCUGAAAACAAAGUAAGGACAGCAGUAAGAGUGAUUUAAUGAUGAUUACUAUUUUUGAUUAUCUGUAAAUCCUUUAAGUUAUAUUCCUUACAAAAAUGUCAGAAAAUGCCGUUUUCAUAUAGAGAUUUCCUGAUCUCUAUUUAAUACGAUAUCAAACUGAAUAUAUGUGUCUCUUGGUCUGACACAAUAUGGCAGUUUAGACAUCUUCUUCGACCUUGAGAAUCUGACUUUUUAUAGACAGACAAAUAUUGACAAUGCUAGUAAUUGUUACUAGGAGCCCUAAUAAGCGACCUUGGUUUUCUAACACUAAGGUCAUUAUUUAUGUAACGGAUGAAUACCUCUGGAAUCUAAUGCUAAUACAUGACACACAAACAAACUUGGGUUUUAUUGCUGCAUGAUUUUAAAUCUAUGGGACACAAUAUUCCUGAUGUUUACACUCGCAUACAGGUUUAUCCAUAAUUCACUACAAACCUUAAAAUAUCUCGGAAACAAAACACAUUUCUUGUCUCUAUGAACUGUACAUAGCAGGUAAUCAUGAAAAAUGGCUUUGGUUUUACACUGCCAGGUUAAUGAAAAGGUCCUUUGAAAGUUGUUGCCUGUGAGGAGAAGCGGCUUAGAGGGAGCUUAAUGUGUGCACACUUGCACAGUAUUCUUUUUUAGAGAAACACUACAGCAAAGCUUCAAGCGCAAUUCCAUGAAAGGAACGAUGCACAUGUGCCUUCUGCAACCUCAGAUAAUGGAACUCCAUACAAAAUGAGCACAAAAUGCAAGACUUUGUUACAUUGCCAGCAACUGACCAAACUGCUGUUUCAUUUCUUUCUCUCUGCUAGCAUGCAGCAGCUUUUUUCUUUUCAUUAAGGUACUUUUCAGUUUCUUCAUUAAAUACUGGGUGUGCGGAAAUGAGUAAAAUAAAAUGCAUUUCAGAAACUUGAA